UGCCCGUUGCCCAGCUUCGCGAGAUACGCAGACUGCGUAACGGCCGGCCGGAGUGACAAAGAGAACGAGCGCGGAGAGCGACGUAGAGAGAGGAGAUAAAAAGGAGCAGAUUUUCUGACUCGCCGUUUGGAUUCCUGCUCCGGUUUUUCCUCACAGGAUUCAAGGCUGGGACGUUUCUAACUCUCAGGCUGAGUUAGUGCGGGUUCUUUUUGUAGCUGUUGAUGUGUAUGGAGUUAGCCGGAGCGGAGGGGCCGCGGGUAUCCGUCUACAAACCGGGCAGCUGGAAAAAUACUCACUCGAAUCGUUGGCUGAAGCGAAGAAGGGGAGCCGCCAUGGCUGCUGGUGCUGCUGCUGCUGGGUCGUUGAGUCCCCACCUCAGUAUAUGAAGAAAAACACCAAAUGGUGCCUCAUUCAUACGAAAAACAGCGCUCAAUCCUCGGUGUUUAGAGGGCGUGCUGAGCCGUUCGGGUGUAUUUCUGAGGUUUAAAAAUAGCAGACCAGUUUUACAGUGACCAGAAAAGGGAGAACCGGCAGGUCUUUCUCGUUGUUGUUCGAGGGGAAACCGGGAAAAGGCCAGUUUCAUGACUUAAUUUCACCGACAGACGUGUAUUCCGUGUUUUAUAAGUGGACUCCAUAUACACGAAAACAAGAAAUGAUUUGAGAGAAAGACUGUAGGUGGACAGGAGUUGAAGAAAGGGUCCUUGGACGGCCCUCCUCCAUUUUUUUUGUUGAACAAAUAAUUUAACUCGGAGAUAAAGGGACCCCAGAGGGUCUGGUCGGAUAUCAUUUCGUAACAGAAAUAAGCGAAUUCUCUAGGAUACCAGGAGGACUUUCUUUAGGGGAGGGAGGGAAUAAUGUCUGGCCGGCCUAGGACCACCUCCUUCGCAGAGAGCUGCAAACCAGUGCCGCCCCCGUCCGCCUUCGGCAGCAUGAAAGUCAGCAGAGAUAAGGAUGGCAGUAAAGUGACCACAGUGGUGGCGACCCCAGGCCAGGGUCCCGACAGGCCGCAGGAGGUCAGCUACACAGAUACCAAGGUCAUUGGCAACGGCUCAUUCGGUGUUGUCUACCAGGCCAAGCUUUGCGACUCAGGAGAACUGGUGGCAAUCAAGAAGGUCCUGCAGGACAAGAGAUUUAAGAACCGUGAGCUUCAGAUCAUGAGGAAGCUGGACCACUGCAACAUUGUCCGCCUCCGAUACUUCUUCUACUCCAGUGGAGACAAGAAGGACGAGGUGUAUCUGAACUUGGUGUUGGACUAUGUUCCUGAGACUGUGUACAGAGUAGCCAGACACUACAGCCGAGCCAAACAGACCCUGCCCAUGGUUUAUGUGAAGUUGUACAUGUAUCAGCUCUUCAGGAGUCUGGCCUACAUCCAUUCCUUUGGAAUCUGCCAUCGGGACAUCAAACCACAGAACCUGCUGCUGGACCCCGAGACGGCCGUGCUCAAACUCUGCGACUUUGGCAGUGCUAAGCAGUUGGUUCGUGGAGAGCCGAAUGUGUCCUAUAUCUGCUCACGGUACUACAGAGCCCCUGAACUCAUCUUUGGAGCUACUGACUACACCUCCAGCAUAGACGUGUGGUCGGCUGGCUGUGUUCUGGCUGAACUGUUGCUAGGGCAACCAAUUUUCCCUGGCGACAGCGGAGUGGAUCAGCUGGUAGAGAUCAUCAAGGUUCUGGGUACACCCACUCGUGAACAGAUUCGAGAGAUGAACCCCAACUACACUGAGUUCAAGUUUCCCCAGAUAAAGGCCCACCCAUGGACUAAGGUGAGUCAACAGGUGUUCCGGCCACGCACGCCCCCCGAAGCCAUCGCCCUGUGCUCUCGGCUGCUGGAGUACACACCCACCGCCCGCCUCACACCCCUCGAGGCCUGCGCACACUCCUUCUUCGACGAACUGCGGGACCCUAACAUCAAACUCCCCAAUGGGCGAGAGAAGCCAUCGCUAUUUAACUUCACCACUCAAGAAUUGUCCAGUAACCCAUCCCUGGCCACCAUCUUGAUUCCUGCUCAUGCGCGUAAUCAGGCCGGAGCCUCCACCCCCACCAAUGCCUCCUCCACUACUGAUGGCAUCAGUGGAGAUCGUGGUCAGACCACCACUGCAGCCUCUGCCUCCGCCUCCAACACCUCCACCUGAUUGCCCCAGCCAGUCGCAUCCAGCCCAGCCCUCCAGGGCCACGCCCCACUGCUCCAUAGCUGAACUGGGUGGGGUUUGAAUCAUCUUAACCACGACACUUACUCAAGACUGCAAGAGCCUACCCUUAUUUAAGUGUUUUACGACACUGUCCAGAAAGAGUUCACCAACGUACAUGGAAGCAGCUCUGAGUGUCAUUUCUGGAGAGAGUUGAGGAGAGUGAAAGAGAGAGCAGUGAGCGAGGGGACGGGGGGGAGACCCCGUAUCAGACCUGUUGUGUAGGUAACAUUUCUCAUUCUCAGUGGACAAUCUUUUAAUCACAAAGCAAUCCGGUAGCCAAAUCCAUCUUCUUCCAUCUCAGUUUAGCGAGCCUGCUGUUCAAAUGGGCUCCUCUCUCUCUCUCUCUCUCUCUCUCUCUCUCUCUCUCUCUCUCUCUCUCUCUCUCUCUCUCUCUCUCUCUCUCAUUUCUGUCCUUUUAUCUCCUCCUUUUCCUCUCACCUUCCCUGCACACCAACGCCCCCUUCUGGCAAGUCCAGGAGUGCAUGGCUUGAAUUUGGUUGGGAGCAUCCAGUAAUAUAUUAGCAGGUAAAAUAAAGCGGCAUACAGGAGUCCAGGAAUUGCUAACAUGAUAGUCCAUUUUUUUUUGUUUGUUUUUUGUUUUUUAUGUAUCGUAUAUACAAAUAACUCUUGCUGUGUGCAGCAAGCAGCCCAACAGCCGUGCAUGUUUCAGUGACAAAGCCAACUGAAAAAAAGAUCAGUGUGGUCUGAAGUUUUAUUUAGGAGUUUUUAAUCCUCACGUAUGAUUUUAUGUUUGUGUUAUUUUAUUUUGUACUGAAAAAUGGGAACUUUAUGGGGUUGGGUGGGGAGGGGCAGAUGUUUUGAUUGACACGAGAGACGUGUUUGACAUGUCUCUGUUUCUGUGUUCUUGUAUUAUAUAUAUAUACAUAUAUAAAUACAUACACAGUUUAUAUAUUACUUUGCAUUAUGUAAAAAGUAUAUAUAGGUAUACAGUAUAUAGAUAUAUAUCAAGUAUUCAUCGAUUCAGAGAUCAUCAAGGCCAGAGGUUAAGGUUUUUAUGUGGUAGCCAACUGGCUGCUGACGACUCAGAUUUUACUCACACACAUAUAUAUACACACACAUACAGAUCCAAAUGGGGGCACGUUUAGCCAGGAACGGUGGAUUUUCUCGCUAAUGUGCCCCUCCUUUCUGCAGUUUUGUCGACCCUGUAGGACUGUAGAUCCAAUUCUAGCCCUCGUUUUUUCCUCUGUUAUUUAUUGGUCACCUCUGUGUCAGUAGUCCUCAGGUUUGUGCUCGGCCUCCUUUUUUGGUCACACCGCGAGUUGCAUCAAAAAAAAGAAAAAGGAAAAAAAAGUUUGUUUGCACUUUUCAAAAAACAAAUAAAGAAAUAAAAAUAAACAAAUAGAUUGAGUGCGGAACUUGAAAGCUUCGGCAUUCAGUAGACUUCGAUGUAAUAUUAGUUUGUACCUGAACAUGAAUGGUGUCAUAGCCGAGGCGAUACACGGUCAAUGUCGUUAAGUUAAAGACUAUGCUGGCUGUCAGCGAUGAUGGGGAUGUCGUUUUUUUCCAUGUUGAAUCAUUGAUCAUUGAGGCUGUGUUGUAACCACUACUUGAGCAAUGUUUUCUGCCU